GAUGAACAUUCACGUCAUACUAAGCGUUGUGCUUACGUUGUUGUCGACACACGCUGAACAUUGCUUGGAUGGCCAAAAAUGUUCGAACUGCACAAGUACAACAACAUACUGCACUUCAGAGUGCUUUCCUGGGUAUUUCGGCCUCAAAUGCAUCCUGCCUUGUGGUAAGAACUGCAAACACAGUAAAUGUAAUCAGGCGCUGCGUGGUACUUAUAAUUGCUCAGGCGGUUGUGUACCUGGUUUCUAUGGUACUCAAUGCGACGCCGCGUGCACUCGUCCGGAGGAAAAGUGCACAAGAUGUCCUCAAGAAUGUGAUGGAACGUUCUGCCAUCUGGCAUCAUCUUGUGUUUCUGGAUGUCAUGACCAAUACUAUGGGACCAACUGCAAGGAUUGUUCACCCAGAUGUCGACAUUGUAACAGGAUAACAGGCAGAUGUGAUGUGUGUCAUGAUCCAUAUCAUGGCCUGGAUUGUGAAUACUCAUGUGAACAUUCUUCAACAACUGAUUGUAUACAGACAUGCGCACCUGGAUUGUAUGGAAGUACGUGUUCCAAAAGAUGCAGCAAAAACUGUCUAGUUUACCCUGCAAGCAAUACCACUUUGACAAGUAACAGUUCCACCUCGUGCAUAUCUGAAUGUCAAAGAUACAGUGGAGAGUGUAUCAACGGUUGUGUAGAUGGCUGGUCUGGCCCACACUGUUCCUCUCAGGUCAAGUGUAACUCAAACUGUUUGGGUUGUAAUGAAACAGGUGCUUGUGUUGAAGGAUGCUCACCUGGCUACUUUGGAGAAGACUGCAAGCCUUGUUCUAAGACCUGUUACAAUAACACAUGUCACCCAGAGAGUGGGUCUUGUGUCAGUGGGUGUAUCCGGGGACAGUAUGGACAAUUCUGUAAACAGUCCUGUACUACCUGUCCUGGAGGUGUCUGUGAUGCUAGUACUGGAAUAUGCGCUGAAGAGACCACUUGGAGCACCAUGACUGUUGUAUCAACAGGAAUGUUCGCAUCGUGUAUACUUCUGAUCUGUGCGAUAGUUGGUGUCUUCCUUUUCCGCCGUUGCUGCCAAAGAUCCUCAACAGAAAGGGACAAUCAAGGAGAUGAGUCGACACAUACUGAGAUAUCAAGGCCAGUGGAAACAUCAGAGUACUAUGCAAUGCAUCGAUACUGGAAAAUAGACGAUUACGACGAAGUAUCUCACCCGCAAGAUGAGCAACAAGAGCGGGCAGAGUCAGAAGAUUAUGAUGGAGUAUCGCAGCGGCAUGGGCAGCACCCAGGACCGGCAGUGGAAGAAGAUUACGAUGACGUAUCGCAGCAGUAUGGGCAGCACCAAGGACCGGCAGUAGAGGAAGAUUACGAUGAGGUAUCGCAGCAGUAUGGGCAGCACCAAGGAUCGGCAGUGGAGGAAGAUUACAAUGGAGUAUCGCAGCGGCAUGGGCAGCACCAAGGACCGGCAGUGGAGGAAGAUUACGAGGAAGUGGCUCAGUCGCAUGGUCAGCAGCAAAGACCUGUUUUCGCGGAUUCUUUUUCUGGACCACCUGACGUCGAAGUCAACACUAAUAGUGAUCCCGCACUUCCUCUUGUGACGAACAACAUUCCAGGGGCACUUAACACCAAAGACCAUUGUGGUGAUACAUCAAGCAGCUCAGCAAGUGCUUCCCAGUCAUACACUCCCUUAGUGAGGGACAUUUUUAUCGAUGAUCCAGAAACCGUUGUCAGAUAUAUUUCACCAACUGUAGAUAAAACCUAGAGUUUGACAGUAGAACACACCAACACAAAACUUGAAAGUACGAUAUGAUGUACUUUUAAGUUUUGUGUUGGUGUGUUCUACUGUUUUUCUUCGUGACCUCACAAAUUUCUAAUUUGUUUUGAAUGACUUCAACAAGAUACUUUUUUUCAAUUCAAGAAGUUCGUCAUUAAUAUGAUAUCAGAAAAAUGAAUCAAAUGGAUAACAGGCUUUAUUAUUUGUAAAAAGCAAAUUAAUGUGACAAUUGUGUGAACAGAUCAUUUAAAAUCAUUGACGACACCAAGGUGUUCGCGGAAAGGGUAAGCGUGAUCUGCUAUACCUGUAUCCCUCACCACUACUUAAUGGUUAUCCGUGAGAUAAGCCAAAUGAGCUUGGUUCAAUAGUAGAGGGAUUUGGACUAAAGGAGGUAGACACCCUUUACUAUCUGUGUCACAUUUACUUUGUUGUUUUAGUUUCACGUUGCCGUCUGAAGCUAUUUCCUUCAUGUGUAUAUCGUCUUUGUUUACGUCAGUGAUGUCUUUGUAGAUGUAAAUAGUUCUUGUUGACUUCAUUUUUUAUUAUGACCAUAGUCAAGCGAUUUCCCGAACUAACUUUGAGGCCCAGAGAUCACAGCUUAAGCAUUGGAUGCUUUCUUAAAAAUAUUUCUGGUAUAAAUUCGUGUGCACAUUUGUCAAAUAGUAAGGUUUCUGUUGCUCAAAAUAUAUUUCCUAUGUUUGUUCUGAUCGAUUCCGCUUAUUUUCAGGUAGGAUUUGUAAAAUAACAAAGAAAAACAACUUCAAAUUCACAUUUGACCAAAGCAUAUGUCAUGGAAUGUCAUUAAAUGUCAUAAGCUUGACUGCACACGUAAGGUCCAAUGCAACUACAUCCCCACAGAAUAACCAUUUCGCACUUUUAUUAGCCACCAUCAAACAUGAGCAUGUGAGAAUGUUUGAUGAAUAAAAAAAAAUAAUCACUCCUGCAAACUCUGAACCAUAGGACUAACACCAUUUCAACUGAGUUAGUUUUUGUAAUACGAUAGCCACACACAAGUCUUUGUCUGUUUGCCUGUAAUACCUGAAAUAUUCUUUGUUUCAAGAUGCUCUAACAAUAAUAUUGUGACUUCAUUCUAAUUUGUAUAUAUUUUGUUCAAAGAGAAACGAUUUCAUAAGAGAUGACUAUUCACUUUUGAAAUCAAUUUGUUAACGUCGUAUCAAGCUGUAU